AGUUUGGUAACAACUUAACCUUACUUUCCAAUGGCAUUUGUUGCUGACCAUUGUUGUGGAAUAUUACCUUUUAAAUAGUUUAAUUGCGGCGAAUAUCAACAUUAUCAACCAUGGUGGACUUUUUAGAAUACUCGGACAUCACGGCGGAAAUAAAGGGUUGCAUGAUUCCUGGCAAAAUUAAAAUGACCGAUCAGGCAAUUAUAUUUAAAAACAGCAAGACGGGCAAGGUGGAGCAGUUUCCCGGGUCCGAAAUUGACAUUGUAAAUUUUCAAAAUUUCGUCGGGAACUGGGGGCUUCGGAUUUUUCUCAAGAACGGCGCGUUGCAUCGCUUCGUCGGAUUUAAGGAGGGCGAAAAGGAGAAGAUCGCGAAGUUUUUCACGGCGUCGUAUAAGAAGGAGACAUUGGAAAAGGAGUUGAGUUUGAAGGGGUGGAAUUGGGGUACUGCCAAGUUUAAUGGGUCUGUUCUCGGUUUUGACAUCGGGGAGAAGACUGUGUUUGAGAUACCGUUAAAUCACGUGUCGCAGUGUGUGACGGGCAAAAAUGAAGUCACGCUAGAAUUUCACCAGAAUGACGAUGCACCAGUAAGUUUAAUGGAAAUGAGAUUUUAUAUACCCGCCAGUGAACUAGCCGGUGAUGUCGACCCAGUGGAUGCGUUCCAAAAGCAGGUGAUGAAGAAAGCGAGCGUUAUCAGUGUUUCCGGUGAUGCAAUUGCAAUAUUUAGAGAAAUUCACUGUCUCACGCCUCGUGGUCGUUACGAUAUUAAAAUAUUUCAAACGUUUUUCCAACUGCACGGUAAAACAUUCGAUUACAAAAUUCCAAUGUCGACCGUAUUACGUCUGUUUCUCCUACCCCAUAAGGAUAUUCGACAAAUGUUCUUCGUUAUUAGUUUAGAUCCCCCAAUUAAACAAGGUCAAACACGCUACCACUUUUUAGUGCUUCUUUUUGGUGCAGAUGAGCGCACUUCUAUCGAAUUACCGUUUACAGAAGAGGAGUUGAAAGAGAAAUAUGAAAAUAAGCUGGAAAAAGAAUUAGAAGGACCUACUUAUGAGGUUUUAGGAAAAGUUAUGAAAAACAUUUUAAACCGGAAACUCACAGGUCCUGGCAACUUCAUAGGUCAUUCAGGCACCCCUGCAGUGGGUUGUUCAUUUAAGGCAGCAGCCGGUUACCUUUACCCUCUGGAGCGAGGCUUUAUAUAUGUUCAUAAACCUCCAUUACACAUUCGAUUUGAGGAAAUUGCAUCAGUCAAUUUUGCACGUGGUGGUGGUAGCACUCGUUCUUUUGAUUUCGAAAUUGAGCUCAAAUCUGGAACAGUACACACCUUCAGCAGUAUCGAAAAGGAAGAGUAUGGAAAACUCUUUGACUUCAUUACCGCAAAGAAAUUACAUGUUAAAAAUAGGGGUCAAAAGGAUAAAACGAACUAUAAGGAUGACUUUGGAGAUUCUGACACGGAGGCCGCACCUGAUGCCUACCUUGAACGGGUCAAGGCCGAAGCCCAGGAGCGCGGAGCCGACGAAUCUUCUGAUGGAAGUAGUACGGAUGAAGAUUUCAGUCCUGGAAGACAAGCGGAGAGUGACGUAGCAGAAGAAUUCGACAGUAAUCCUUCGACUACUUCCGAUGAAGAAUCAGGUAGCGACAAGGAGAAGAAAGAAAAGAAACCCAAGAAAGAGAAAAAGGAGAAGAAGGCCAAAACAGUAUCCGAGAAACCCAGAAAGACUACCAAAAAAAAGAAGGAAAGGGAUGGACCGAAGCGACCAUCCUCCGCUUACUUCCUUUGGCUGAACGAGCAUCGCGAAAAAAUUAAAAGCGAAAAUCCGGGAAUUAAGGUGACUGAAAUCGCCAAAAAGGGUGGAGAAAUGUGGAAGCAACUGAAGGAUAAGUCAGAAUGGGAGAAAAAGGCAGCCAAAGCAAAAGAAGAGUAUGAGGUGGCGUUGAAGGCUUGGAAAGCCGAGGGUGGCGGCAGUAGCUCAUCUAAGGAUAAAGAAUCUAAAAAAUCUGAAAAGGACUCGAAGAAAACGACUACCACAUCACCGAAAAUUAGCGGAUCGUUUAAGAGCAAGGAGUAUAUUAGCGACGAUGACAGCAGUUCGAGUGAAGAUGAAAAGAAGAGUGGUAAAAAGCGUAAAGCGUCAGAUAGCGAAGAGGAUGCCAAAAAGAAGAAGUCAAAGGCAAAACCCAAAUCGGAUGAUGACGACGAAGAGGAGGAAGAUAGUGAAGAGGAUGCUAAAAAAAAGACAUCGAAAGCAAAACAAAAAUCAGAAGAUAGUGAUGAUGGUAAAAAGAAAAAAUCAAAGUCGAAGAAGAAGUCUGAUGAUGAGGAUGAGGAGGAGGAAGUUGAAAGCACGCCUGCGUCUAGUGAAGUUUCUGAUAGUGAUUAAUUAUAUUGUAUUAAUUAGUUAUAGUCUUUGUAAUCCCAUUAUAAGUAAGAAUACAAUUUGUCUUAUUUUGUA